CAUGACUGCAAAGGUCCUUGCAAAGUGUAAGGAACUCACUUCCUCAUAGGGCUUCACUUGUGCUGACGUCACAUUUAUAUACGUGUAGCUCAAGCUCUGGAACCGGCUCCUUUUCCUGCCUCAAAGGAAAGGGGGGGUGGGCGAGUUCUGGUCACGUGAUUCACAGCCUGGCAGUGUCAGGGAAUGCCGUACCUGGCAGUUGCCGAGGAGCAGGCUGAAUGGGGUACAGGAGCUAACGUACCGGCACAUAAACGCAACCGUGAGACAAGUCCAUCAAUAAUGAAGAUUGGCAAGCUGCCCUGUGUUCUUUUAUUCGUGCUGUGCGUUAUGUUAUUUAUUACUUAUAUCAAAUGGAAUCCAAGAAAAGAACAAGCCGUUGAUGCUUCAGAUUUGCAGAUUAAAACUACGCAUGAGUUAGGAGGAUUAAGCAGCAAGAAUGAAAUAUUUUAUGGAAUAAUGUUUGAUGCCGGAAGCACAGGAACAAGAAUCCAUAUUUAUCAAUUCAGCCGGACGCCCAGCGGAGCACCGAAUCUUGACCAUGAAGAAUUUCGAGCAUUAAAGCCAGGGCUCUCCUCUUAUGCUGACAACCCAAUAAAGUGUGCUCCGGGAAUUAAUGAGCUGCUGAAUAUAGCCAAGAAGGAAAUACCCCAGAAGUUAUGGGCAUCUACACCACUGGUCCUCAAAGCUACAGCUGGGCUGCGCCUCUUGCCUGGGGAAAAGGCACACAAGCUGCUUGAUAUGGUGAGGGAACUCUUUAAGGCCUCACCUUUCCUAAUUGGGAAAGACAGUGUUUCUAUAAUGAAUGGAACUGAUGAAGGAAUAUUUGCCUGGAUUACAGUCAAUUUCCUGACAGGUAGUCUUAACAACGCUGGAAAGAAACACUCGGGAAUGCUUGAUCUUGGAGGGGGAUCAACACAAAUAACAUUUUAUCCUUACUCAAAGAAUACUUUGACAAGUUCCCCGCCUGGAUAUAUGACCAAAUUUGAACUCUUUGGCAACACCUACAGUCUUUACUCACAUAGCUAUUUGGGAUAUGGAUUGAUGUCUGCAAGGCUGGCAAUCAUGGGAGGAGAAGAGGGAAAACCUUUACAAGAAGGAGAACAGUUGGUAACGUCCUGCCUCACACCUGAAUUUGUGACUGAGUUUAAACACGCAGAAAUAACAUACAAGAUAAAGGGGCAGAAAAAUGAUGAGCCUCUGUUUGUAUCAUGCUAUAAAAGAGUGUUAGCAUUGCUUGGUGGUAAAGUUGAACAUUCCAAGGAAAUACCAAACCUGUUCUUCUAUGCAUUUUCCUAUUACUAUGAUCGUGCUGUGGACGCUCACUUGAUUGAUGCGGAGCUUGGUGGUUCACUAAAAGUUAAAGAUUUUGAUAUGGCGGCAAAGAAAGAAUGUAAACUUAUAGAAGAGGCACCAGGAGAGAACCCGUUCCUUUGUAUGGAUCUUACAUAUAUCACCCUUCUCCUGCAGGAGUCUGGUUUCCCAAUGGAGAAGGAGUUGAAGCUGGUUAAAAAGAUUGACAACGUGGAAACCAGCUGGGCCUUGGGAGCAACAUUUUAUUAUACCAGUAUAUUGAACAAGCAGCACUCGUGAAACCUUAUUUACAGAUAAAUCUGGGUAAAACAAACUGUGAAUCCGGAGAGUACGUGAGCAAACACAUAACAAUUAUAACCGGACAUUCAGCAAUGAGAACGUUUGGCCAGACUUUAGCACUGGCAGAAUAUGUGCUAUGUUUACACAUGGUGGAAAGGAAACUUUUUUUUUUUUUUUAAACGUAUUUAUUUUUCUGAGGAUGGAUGGCUAAUUAACAAAUCUUUAAUUGUGUAGGAUGUUUACUCUUGUAAUGUGUGUGUGGAAUUCCAGUGAAGGGAAACUAAACUGAAAUAACCAGCAAGGCUUU